AUGACUGACGCUACACAAGAAGCAUUGACGCAACUCAAGAAAACAUUGGAACUUUUAACAAUCCAUCAAACUCAACCCGCAGCUCCAGUGCGUCCCUUAAAAACCGGUAAAGCGAAAACUAGAAACUUUUUCGAAAAGUAUUCCCAAGAAUACAUAGACUUCACAUAUGAGAAUCCUACCAUCUACCAUGUUGUUGAUUUCUUCUCUAAAAAAUUGGACGAUGCAGGGUUUACUUAUCUAAGUGAAAAGACCGAAUGGGAGGGCAUAACAAGCGGGAAAUAUUACACUAUCAGAAACGGAACAAACCUCGCCGCUUUUGUUUUAGGUAGCGACUGGAAGUACGAGUACGGUGUGGGCGCAAUUGGCUCACACAUCGACUCUCUAUGUGCUAAGCUCAAACCAUUUUCAAUUAAAAAGGACGUCGAAGGAUUCGAACUGCUAGGUGUCGCCCCUUAUGCCGGCACUCUCAACGACCUAUGGUUCGAUAGAGACCUCGGCAUUGGUGGUCGGGUGUUGGUGAGAGACUCUGAGACCGGCAAAGUGGAAGCUAGAUUGAUCGAUUCCACGCCUCACCCAAUCGGUAGGAUCUCAACCCUUGCGCCUCAUUUCGGUGCCCCUGCCGUUGGCCCUUUCGAUAAAGAGGACCAGGCUGUUCCUAUAAUAGGUUACAAUGACGAGGAAGAAGACAUUGAUGAAUACGACACUGAAGACGAAGCCAGAUCUCCUCUCUACGGCAAACAUUCUCCUCAGCUAUUGCGGUAUAUAGCCUCUCUGGCCAAUGUGAAGGUGAGUCAGUUAGUCCAAUUGGAUGUGGAUCUUUUCGAUGUACAAAAGGGAACUCUGGCCGGUCUCAAAAACGACUUCUUAAUUGCUCCAAGAUUGGAUGACAGACUAUGCAGUUUCUCAGCUAUCAAAGCUCUUAUCGAAUUUUCAAAAGAGGGCCCCAUUCCAACUGAUGGGUUUUCUGUCGUGACGCUGUACGAUAACGAGGAAGUCGGUUCCCUCACAAGACAAGGUGCCAAAGGUGGCUUAUUCGACAGCGUCGUGCAGCGUAUAGUGAAGAACCGCUACGACGACAUAACUCUACUACGUCCUGCUUUUGCCAACUCCAUUGUCUUAUCUGCAGAUGUCAACCACAUGCUCAACCCAAACUUCAACAACGUGUACAUGGAGCAUCACAAGCCAAAGCCCAACGUUGGGGUGACUUUGUCCUUGGAUCCUAACGGCCACAUGGCGACUGAUGUGGUGGGCACUGCCCUUAUCGAAGAACUCGCACGACUCAACGGUGACAAAAUCCAAUACUUCCAGAUCAAAAACAACUCCAGAUCCGGUGGCACUAUUGGACCAUCAAUCUCUUCCCAAACUGGUGUCAGAACGAUUGAUCUAGGUAUUGCCCAGCAGUCCAUGCACAGUAUUCGUGCUGCGACCGGUUCUCGCGAUAUCGGAUUAGCAGUGAAAUUCUUCAAAGGCUUCUUUUCCAACUGGAGACACGUCUACGACAACUAUGGCGAUCUAUGA